AUGUCACCAGAAGAAGGCCAGUUUCUGGUCGAUUGGGACGACGGCGAUAACGACCCAUUAUGUCCAAGAAGUUACGGCAAGCUGAGAAAAUGGUUGAUCACCGUGGUGGUUUCAGUCAUGGGGCUUUGCGUUACCUGUGCGAGUUCCAUAUACACAUCAACAUACGCCAACUUGGAAGCCGAGUUUCACAACCCUAGGAUCGUAUCGACUCUGGGGUUGUCAACAUUCGUCCUCGGCCUUGCGUUAGGGCCGAUGAUGUUCAGUCCCCUGAGCGAGUUCUACGGGCGAAGGCCAAUAUAUCUCGUUUCGUCCACGUGCCACCUUCUCUUCCUGAUUCCUCAGGCGACGGCGAAGGAUAUCGUCACACUGGUUGUUCUCCGCUUCUUGGACGGCUUCUCAGGUAGUGCGUUCCAAGCUGUGUCUGCUGGGACGGUCCGCGACUUGUUCUCAAACGAUGAACUGCAGGCGCCCAUGCUUUUAUUCUCAAUCUGUCCGUUCAUCGGACCCAGCCUGGGACCCUUGGUCGGCGGGUUCAUCAACUACUACACUGGGUGGCGCUGGACGUUUUACGUGCUGAUAAUCUGGUCCUUCGUGCUAGAGUUGGGCAUCGUGUUUCUGGUUCCAGAGACGUACCAUCCCAUACUUUUGAGAAACAAGGCCCGAAAGCUUCGUAAAGAAACCGGAGAUGACCGCUGGAGAGCGGCUUCAGAGACGCAUUCCAAAUCGGUGCUUCGGGCAGUCGGACUCUCGCUCUUGCGACCCAUUCAGCUCCUGGUAUUUGAGCCAAUGUGCCUGUCUCUCUGCUUGUUCUCGGCCUUGCUCCUUGGCAUACUCUACCUAUUCUUCGGUGCUUUCCCUCUCGUAUUCAGGGAGACCUACGGCUUCAACCUGUACCAGAUUGGGCUCAGCUUUUUAGGUAUCCUGGUCGGUAUGUUGCUUGGCCUAUCCACUGACCCGGUGUGGUCUAGAGUCAGGGUACGACUCAUCUUGAAGAACAAGGGCCAGAGUGAAAAUGCGGACAGCAGCGAGCCCGAGUUCCGGCUUCCACCCGCAAUGUUUGGCUCUGUGCUUGUGCCUGCGGGUAUCUUCAUGUUUGGUUGGUCAAUGUACCCUUGGGUGCACUGGAUAGUUCCGAUUAUUGGUACAGCAUUGUUCGGAGCGGGGAAUAUUCUUCUUUUCACUGGAAUCUGGACCUUCCUCGUGGAAGCAUAUCCCAGAUACGCUGCUAGUGCGCUCGCGGCCAAUUCUUUCGUUCGUUGCACUGCGGCAGCUGCAUUCCCCCUCUUUGGCAACCAGAUGUAUACUUAG